UCAGAAGUGACAAAAUUCAAUGCUAUGUGUUGGUUUCUUAUCUGCUGCCAAGCCACAAAAUGUAUUUGCCAGUUUUCACUGCUGUGUUUUCUGUGCAAUGACAAUAAAAGGAAGUCUAAGUCUAAGUCUAAGUCUACAUUUGCAUUACUCUGAGCUAAUCAGAUUUGGUUUGGUUCUCUGCUUCCUGAUUCAUGUUGUUCACUGUCUUGCUCAAUCAUGAGCACUCGAGGUCAAAACCCCACAAAAUCCUGUUUUUGCGUUGACAUGGUGAAUGUGUUCACGCUUCUGAUGCUCCUGAUCAUCAGGGAAGGAAGUGGGAAUUCCGGCUGGUCAGUGACUUUUGAGAACCCAAAUCCUUGUGCUUUAAAGGGCAAUUCUGUGGAGUUCAGGUGCUCAUACAGCUACAGAGAAGGAGAAACUGUAAGAAACACCACGUGGUACAGAGGGAAAUUGAACGGUACCAUUUGGACACGCGUGGCGCUUUCAGAUUUACCUUCAUAUGAAAAUCGUUCUGAAUACCUCGGUGACCGGCAGCAUAACUGUAGCCUUGCAAUCCACGACCUUCAGGUUAAUGACACUGGAUAUUACUACUUCAGGUUUGACACAGACACGUAUGGAUUCCGUAGUAAAAAAUCUGUGUAUCUGUCUGUCACAGAGCUGAAUGUCAUAGUGUAUCCAGAGAGAGUGAGAGCAGGAGAAAUUGUGACACUUGAGUGUAAGACAUCCUGCCAUCAACCUUCAGACACUGCCUGGUUUAAAGAUGGACGCCCGAUAUCCAAAACAGUGUUCCUUGCUCAGGCAGAGGAUUCUGGGAAUUAUGUUUGCGCCAUCAGAGGACGGGAGUCAGAGCAAUCUGACUCUGUUGCACUGGAUGUCCAGUACGGUCCAUUAAACACGUCCAUUGAAGUGAGUAAACUUGGCCAUCUAUCAAACAGCCCCAGUGUGAAUCUGACCUGCAGGGCUACAGCUAACCCUGCAGCCAUAAACUACACCUGGUACAGGACUACUGGUUCCAACUCCGGCUCUAUGGUCCAUGUGGGAUCAGGACAGGUGCUGUCUCUUACUUCUGUGGUGUUACCACACUCUGGACUCUACCUCUGUCAGGCCAGGAACAGUGUUGGGGAGAACAACCUGACAAAGUCAGUGCUGAUAGUGGAUCACGAAGACAUUAACCAUUUCAUCCUUGUUGGGAUCGUAGUCAAAAUUGGUCUUGUGCUUUUGCUUACACUGAUAAUUAUUUGGAUAGGGAAGAAAACGUGUUAUUCUGCCGAGGACAAAAAGGAACAAGAAGAUCAUUUAGAAAACGCCAGCAACCAUGCUAAUGGGUGAUAAAAAUAAAAAAUAGGAAAAUAAAGAAGUGACUAAUAAAAAACCCCAAAUUACAUUUCAUCACACUUCAUGCCUGCUGAACUGAGCUCCACCUAAUUCUGUGAAGUUCUGUGACUCACUCACUGCUGCUGAUGGUGUCAUCCCUACCAAGAUUGUGGAGGUGAUAAUAGAAAUAAAACUUGUGUUACAGUGCUUAACAAAUGUCAUAAAAAGGAGAAAACUUAAAUAUUUUCAAGAAAUCUUUCGUAAAAUUUGUUUAAAACUGAAAAUGUUAUUGUUAUUUAUUUGUCAAAUUAACUGAAUUCACCUUUUUAUACCCAAGUUUCUCAGUGAGAAGUCGGAAAUUAAUCUAGCAUAACAUUCAACCAUUAAAACUGCAGUUUCCUGUUCAGGAAUGCAAGUAAAUCAUCUUAACUCAUUGGCUGCCAGCCAUUUUCAGAGCAGUGAUCAAAUUGAUGUCCAAGCAGUCAGUGAGUCAAGAAAUAAUAAUGUGCUUUACUAUUUUUUCAAGUUUUUUUGUAAAACAGUACAUUUGAAGUUCUUGCAUAACAAUAAUAAUCAUAUGUAAGCAUUCACAAUAUAAUUUAUGUUAAAGAGCUUCUACAUACUGGUGUAUUAACCAUUACAGAAACAUAAAACAUGAUUUUGGGGAGCUGUGGCUGUGGCCUAACAAAUUUGUUAAGCACAUUUUUUUAUGACAGUGUUGUCUGUGUAUUUUAUUAAUCAGUUGUUUCUUCUCUAAAAGAGUGUGAAAAGUUCAGGAGUCUGAGUUACACCACAAUGAACCAUGGUAUGCUGCCCCCUUCAGUUUAAAAUAUGCAUGCAAAUAUACUGUAUUAUUGUUUUAUUACCUUUUUAUUACUAACAAUGUAUUCAUAUUAUCAACAAACUUUUCCUCUGCCCUGGAGGCUGAAGUUGGUUAUGGUUUAUUGUGUGAUAUAAUAUUAACUCAUCUUUUUUUGUACCUUUUGAGGGGGGAAAACUGAAACCCUUAAAAAGACAAAGCUGGCUGCUGUAGGAAAACUGUUCAGUUACAUUUUGUGUGGCAUAAUGUCGAGUUUUUUUCUAUAUUUUCAACUUUCACAUGUUUGUUUUUCACAAAGUAAUUUCACAGAAAGACAUUUUUUACACACAGAUAGCAUUGUACUGAUGCUGUACUGCAGUUAUAAUGUGCAGCACUAACAAGCUGCUCCUAAUGAAAAACAGCAGAUAAUUGUUAACAUGUAACAAAUGAAGCAAAAGCCCUUGAACUGAUAUGAAAGUUUCCCUUCAUUUUUUUUUUUCAAAAUUGCACUUCCUUGUUUACUGAAUAUGCUUUUUAAAAUAGCAGCUUUUCUCACUAACAUAUGUGACUAAAAUAGACUAAUGAGAUGAACAGUUGACAUUUUGCCGGGUGUCAGAGUCACUGUCCUCCUGGUUUCCGUCCUCCUCCACAUCUCGCACAGGCUCUGGUCAGAAUCUGCUGCUGCUGCCUUAUCACACUGAAGAGUUUAUUCAAAACCACACUGAUGUGACGCAGUAGGAAAUGCGGGCGGCUUCUAAUUGGAUCACUAUGUGUACAUUUUCCAUCGUCUGCUUCUUUUAAAAUCAAAAACAUGUGUUCACUCACAGCUGCUAUGGCAGGGAUCAGUGAGUAAAUGUGGCUGAGGGACACAUUUUCUUUGUAAUCAAUUGAAUAAUGGUCCAAAACAUGGUAUCUUCAUCAGGCAAAAGUGCAUUAAAACAGUCAGAAACAAAAACCUGCCUUAAGUUAACAAUAAGGUGGUCGUUGUGUUUAAUCACCAGCUUGUGACACAUGUACUUGUUUUUUGUUUUAUUUGCAUUUUUCAAACCAAACAUUUAGUUUAAGUUAACUGUCAAUUCUAGCAACAGAAUCAUGUUCAUAUUUUUUCAAAAUAAAAGCUCUGAACUCAAUAUGAAAUUAAUUUUUUUUGUGAAGAUAAACAAAUAAUUUAAGAUUCCGAUUUGUUAAAUCAUCUGGGCCCUGAUGCUGAUGCUGGCGGGCCAGUUUUGUUUUGGCCCACGGGCCACCAAUUGGUGACGUCUGUGCUGUGGUGUUUUCUCUUCCUGGACAGGCUGACUGAGCUUUUGUGUGACUUAUUACAACAAUCAG